AUGCAGAGUCACCAGAAAGAGCACCUUUAUAAGAUCUUAGUAAUCGGGGACCUGGGAGUUGGGAAGACGAGUAUCAUCAAACGUUAUGUCCACCAAAAUUUCUCACCACAUUACCGAGCUACCAUCGGGGUCGAUUUUGCCUUGAAAGUUCUAAGUUGGGACUCUGAUACCGUGGUACGGUUGCAGUUGUGGGAUAUUGCUGGUAAGUAAACCAAUGGAACAACUGAAUUUAGAAGUUUAGAAUAUAUUUUUAAACACGAUACAUUUGAUGUUUUUGAAGACUAUGAACUUGAGGAUAAUUAAUGGGUUAUACAAGAAGGCUAUCGGUUUGUCAUUCUGUUUAAUUUAAGAAACAACUAAAAAUAAUAUACAUCGGUAAUCUGUUCCAUUUUUGACGGAAAUGAAUUUGAAUUUAUAUAGCUUAACUCAACGCACCGCUGAGUUUAAACAAGACCAAAAUGUGGGUGAUGACUAAUUUUAUUAUUAUUACAAUGACCAUAAAAUGGUCUAAAUUGUAUUGGAACCCUUAGCAGCUAAGUCAAAUUACCUACUAAAUACAGUUGCUAGUUGUUUUAACCUGUUGGGGAUUUAUUCAGUAAAAAGCCAGUUGAACUGCAACAUUUAAAUAGCUCACAAUUUGAUGACUUGCUGACAAUUGGACAAAUUCUCCCACUUAAGUAGAGUUUUUUUCCCACUGGUUAUUUUAGCCUGUAUGUUGCAAGUCAGUUAUCAAUCCAACUACCGUUCACUGUUUAGUGAAUAAGUCCCAUUGGUCUUAUUGCAGCAUGCCUCGAAGGGUUAAACUAUAAAAGAAUAAACUCACAAGUCACAUUGAUGUGGAAAGGUGCUAGGGAUAAAAUAGCUAACUGGUAAAUUAAUAAGCAUGGUAUGUUAAAUGUCUCACCUCUUGCACACAUUCUGUCUCUGUCUCUCUCACCACAUUGCUGGGCAUGUGUUUGACUUAUUGCAUAUAUAUACUAUUUGCAAUAUUUGAUGGGGUUUCUGUUUUUAGCAAAUAAGAAUGUGUUUAAUAUAAUUAAAGGCAUGUUAACUGGGGCCCAUAUACAUGGUAUAUCUAAGUGACAGUAAAGGGCAAGAAUACAACAAGCACAUUUCCAUAGAAUAAGAGAAUACUGGACUUUAAUCAUUAAAAUAAUGGCUGUGAAAAGGGGGCGAAUUUUUUUUUAGCUUCUAUUUAUUUUAUUUAUUUUAUUUUUUCGUAAGGCUGAGGUUUCUCUCAGGCCUCACUUUAUUAGAUUCUCGUUCUGUAAAUGCUGUUUACUAAGUGACCAUCUUUAUUUUGGACAAAAAUUUAAUAAAUAAAGAUUUUGUGGGUUUUGGUUAACCAGAUUUGUCUAAGGUAUAAUUCCCACUACUCACAGCCAAACAUUGAUCUCAGCUUGCAUUGAGAGCCUAAUGCAAGCUGAACUGCAGACAAGUUUGUUUUUUUGUUUUGUUUAAAAAAAUAUAUAUAUAUAUACAUUAUUAUUAUUAUUAUUAUUAUUAUAUAUAUAUAUAUUUUUUUGGAUAGGGUAAAUGUGUGCACUAUAGCCUGUGGCCCGAAUGUGACUCUACACCAGAUUUUGGGAUACUUCUAUGAUAAAUCUGUGCCAGCUUUGCAUUAUCUGAUCAAACAAGUAGGCAUAGAGAUAUUUUAUUGCUAGAUAUUGGAAAUUAUUCAAUGCAGUGAUGGCAGGAACCAGUUCCUACACAGUCUACAAUAUGAUCUACGGCCCUUAUCACACCCAUAUUGUGUAAGUCUAUAUGGCUGCAUUUGAUGUUCUCUACGGUUGCUAUUUUCCUGAGAUGUUUCUAAUGAAUAUGCCAUAAUUUGAUGCAUGUUCAAAUUGAGUUUGUUCUCUGAGAGCUUGGAAUAUUGGGAAUAUAUUCUGUUUUUAAAUUGGAUUGUUAUAGGUGAAUUGAAGCACAGAUUAACGCCCAUACUUUCUACACCAGUCCUGUAGUAUUUAACUUCUAGUGCACUUUAAUACACCCGCUUAAUUGUAUCUAGAUAUUUUCUAUCUUUAGUUAUUAGUUCUUAAAAAUGUCCUUAGGCUAAAUGGUGUUUUUUUUGUUUUGUUUUUUAAAGGGACACUAUAGGCACCCAGACCACUUUAUCUCAAUUAAGUGGUUUGGGUGCAAUGUCCCUGUUCUGCAUGAGGACAUCCACCAUCUUCUAAAUUCCCAUAGGAAAGCACUGAGUCAAUGCUUUCCUAUGGGGAAGGCUUAAUGCAUGCCCAUUGCAUACACAUUAGCCCCUCCAUCGACUGACAUCACUGGAGGAGGAGCCCGAUCUAAUCAGGUAAGUCUUUGAAGGGUUAUUAGAACCUUUUCAUAUAUAAGGGAGGAUAGGGGGAUGGCAAACAGGGGGAGAACGGGAUGUGGGGUACAGAGGCAGAGGGACAAUUUAGCAUUAGGAAUACAGUAUUGUAUUCCUAACACUAUAGUGUUUCUUUAACUAAAUUGACAGUGGAAUUUAAAAAUUUUAAACCAACAUAGAAAAAAAAAUCUUGAAAUUGGCUAAUUUUCCACCUUGACUAUCUCUUUAUAUUACACUCUUUUUUUCUAAUACGUAAGGUGACCAAUUUGAGCUAUGUCUUUAAAAUAAACUAUUACAUAAAGAGGAACUGUUACUGCCUGGUGAGCAUGAGUACACUACACUACAAAGAGAAUUCAGUGCGAGCAGUCUAUCUAAAGUCAUACAAUAUGUAAAGGAACACUGAACACACACAAAAAGCACAUCUGCUUGUUUUUUCUGACAUUUUAUAAAAGUACUGAUUCCAAAAGAAAUCAGCACUUAUAUAAUAAGGGGCAGAUAUAUCUGACUGACAGCCAGGCAGGAUUUCUUCCUCUUUUGCUCCACAAGAGAAGUGGCAGCCAUGCUGUGAUGGCAAGCGCCUGCGUUCCCCCAUUCUCACUGAGCUGUAUUACAAGCAUAGGAAAGCUGCCAUAGUGUGCUUCCCAAUGAGAAGCCUCUGAUUGGUGUGUUCCCUGACAUUCACUGAAAAAGAGGGGAGUCCUUGCAAAGGCUGCAGACAGCAGUUCUGCAGCUUUUGCAAACUGUUUUUUUUUCUGUGGGGGAAUAUCUACAAAACUGUUAACUAAAAAUAAAAAAUUAAAUGGAGCAAAACAUAAUUUAAAGGGACACUUAAUGUUAAAAAGAAAUAUACCUAUUUGUAACCUUAGAGCGGUCUUUUUUUAAGAUUCGGACUUCCCAUUUUUUUUUCUAAUAUAAAAAUUAUAACAAAACAAAAACAAACCUACCUUUUCUCCAGAGCUGGGAAAGUAUCCUCGCAGCAGCCUGCUCUACCUACUAUGAGAUCAUCAAUAUUAUAAUCUUUGUGGAAUCCAAUGUUUCUUAUAGAGAAGCAUUGGGGACAAAGGGAACAUGCGCAGCAACAGCCAUGCUUUGCAAAUCCAAUGCUGCUCAAUCUAAUCCUUCUCUGUGAUGUUGUGGAUGGCAUCAUCGCACACAAUGCAGUGGUUUUGGUGUUUACAGUAUCCCUUUAAGGAUGUUCAAUUUCACUAAAUUCCAUGCUUUACAAACGAUGGAAUCUUUUUAAUGGAUUACUCCUUUCAAUAACAUAAUUUCAUUAAAUGUCACCAUUCAAUGUAGAUCAACCUUUUCUAAAAAUCCCUAAAAACUUCUGAUCUUAAUUAACAUGUUUCUCAAAAAAUACAGUUUGUGGAGAGGGGAACUGCAAUCCAGUAUGUUCAAACGAUACAUUUUAUUAAAUGUUUUCAGCAACAUUUUUGUACAAAUGUCAGUGUGUGUAUGUGUAUGUGUUUGCAAAAUGAUAUAUAAGAUAAUGUUUGUAAAUGGACGCUUGUCUCUUAAAAAUGUGUCCUGUUGGAAUUUAAAAAAAAAAAGAUUUUACUUCCCUUUUGCACAAUGUAUACUUGUUUGAGAUGUUUCACGUCAUGUGUUGUCAGAUCAUAUGAUAGAGCUUCCUGGGCAAACUGAAGAUCGUGUAGAGCUGGUUCGCUGAUAACAAGUAAAGUCUUUGAAUGUUAUGAUCACAGUAAGAACACACAUCACUCUUAGGGGAAAGAGGCUUACAAAAUUAUUUGAGUCCUAAAAACCUUGUCUUUAAAAAAAAAAAAAAAUUGUAAAUUUUCACUAAAUUUUUGCGUAAGAAUUGGUUUCCAGAACAGGUUCCUAGUGGGUUUUAAAAAAAAAAAACAAUUUAUAUUAAAGAUACAUACAUGUUAUGGGUUGUUAAAUGCCCUUUAACAAGAGGACAAGUGUUUGUGGAAUUCGUGCAGACGUCAUUUGUGGAACUACAUGACAUUUCAGCUGAUGAACAGGAAACUGGUAGAAAGUUACUAUCACUUGUGAAUUAUACUACAAAUGUCUAAAUUAGAAAAAAAAAAUCAGCUACGCAAAAUGCACAGUCUUUUUUUUUUUUUUACAAGAUAACCUGAGAUCAUGGUGUAUCCUUAGAUGCACCAUUAGGGUUGCUGGACUUUUACAGGACAGCAUUUUCUCUAUUUAAGGGUUCUUUUUUUUUUUUGACCACUUACAAAGCUUAGUCGAAUUCACACCAACAUGUAUCCAAUGUUGCAUUCAUUAAAUGGACAGUAAACAUAUCAAAAGCCACUUCAUCUUAAUCAAGUAGAUUUGGUGUAUAGAUGCUGUCCCUUUUCUCAGAAAAUGUAAAACGUUACUGUUUCUCAGAAGUGAUAAUGUAGACAGAUGUCCAAAUGUCAACAAACGUGACACACAGCCACUACAUGAGCUUGCUCCUUAAAGGAACACUCUGUUGGAACACUCUCUCUUUUUAACUAUUUAGUAGAUAUACCCCCAAGGAAAACAUGUAUGUAUUUUUUCUGAAUUUUUUUUUGAGGUUAUAUGAAAAAUAACAGUUUGCAAAUCUGCGGACAUACUAUCCACUGCCUUUGCAAGCCCUCCCUAUUUGCCCAGUAUAAACUUUCAGUCUGUAUCAGGAAAGUGUAGUACAGCUCAUUUAGAAGGGGUGAACGCAUGCGUGGCCAAGCCCAGUGCGACUGCCACUUCCAUUUGCUAUGUGGAGUGACAAAUAGGAUGGUGUUCCUUUAAGACCUUUGGUAUUCACAAAGCGUGAUGACACUGAACGUUGCAAAUGCUUGGAUUCAAUCCUUUGCUACAAGAAGCUUUUGAUUGGUCUAGCAUUUGCAUUGCGUGCGCCAUGCGUACUCAAUGCUCAUGCUCUGUGAGAAGCAUCUGAAUAGCCAAGAGUCAUAGGAAUUGAUGAAUUUAUCAGACAAGGAUUGGGCUUGAGAAGAGAAGUAUGCCUCAAUGCUGGAAUAAAGGUAAGUUUUAUGGAGAGUUUAUUUAUUUUUAAUAAAUUUUACUAGAAUAAAGAAAAUGAAUCUAAUUAUGAAAAAUGCCAGUAUUUAUUUAUUUAGCAUGUUCACAUAAAAAGAACAAAGAUUGUCACUUGAAAUCAUCAGGGAUCAGCUGCUUCUUCUUAAUUCAAUAUUAAAGUAAUGGGGAGCUAUAGUGUAAAUGAACACAGCGGAGUCGUUCACCUGAAGAUUUUGAGGUUCUACCAAGUGGUUUGUUGGAGAAGACAAUUUCUGUCAAAAUUGCCCUGAGUUAAAAAAAGGGGCUCAAUAAAAACAAAACAAAAAAAAAACCAUAAAGAUGAUUACAAUAUUUACCAAAUUUGACAUAAAAAUCUGUCUUGUAUCUGUCUAAACCCCUGCUUACAUGUUGAUUCUUACUCCCAAGCAAUUCAGUUCUCAUCUACUGUACAUUUCAAUGUAGAAUGCAUUUAAAACAACUCUAGAAUGUAGAGGAAACCCCCUUUCAGACAAGUGCAAUUUAGUGCUAAAGAACAUAAGCCGAACAUUAACAUAACCGAUUAACACUUUGUUUUUUCUUAAAUUCCUCUGUGGGAUUAUAUAAGCUUUGACAAAGAGUUAUAAGUAUGCACUACAUUAGUGUUAAAAUGAGUCACUAAUAGCCUAUUAGCAUGUUCUAAUCUCUUGCUACUUUAAAGAUAUUUUAUAUUUUUAUUUGCGCUUUUAAAAUAUCUGCAGUGGAUUUUUUUUAAUAUAAUAUGUUAACCAUUGCAGACUCUUGAUUCGGUAACUAUUGUCACGUUUUCUUUUUUCCUGAGACUGCUGAUUUUCAUUUGUUCCUUAUUAUUAUUUAUAAAGCGCCAAAAGAUUCCGUAGUGCUGAAGAAUAGGUGGAGGAACAGACACGUUUCUGCAACAAGAAGAGUUGGAUGCACAGGAACAGAGGGUGUUAAGGGGCAUACUGAAACGAGCUUACAUUCUAGAGGGAGUAGGGGAAAGUGACAGAAGGGGUAAGGGUAGGAUGUAGUUCAUGUAUGAGGAAAAUUAGGUUGCUAGAAUAGUUUACAAUGUAGGGUUAGUUUAUUGAAUGACAGUUGCAGGGGAGGAUGCAGGAUGGGUUUCCAAGAGGGAGGAAGGGACAGAUAUUAACAGUUUAAUUUAUAUUAAUAUGCUUUCCUAGAGAAGUAAUUUCUUUGAAGGAAUGAAGACUGGGUUAGAGUCUAAUGGAGGAGGGAAGGGAGUUCCAUAAUAAUGGUGCUGCCCUAGAGAAGUCUUGAAAGUGUGUGUCAAAGGUGCGAGUACAAUUAGAGAAUAGACGUAGAUCUUCAGCAGAGUGUAGAGGCCUGAACGGUACCUAUAUGUGUAUUAGUGAGGCUAAGUAGAUAGGAGAGGGACUUUGAGAGGUCAAGAGAGGGCAGGUAGAUUUGCGUGUCAUCCACAAGAAGGGGUAUUGAUAAACUCAACAGCCAAAAGAGCUAUUGAGCUUACCAAGGGAAGCAGUACAGUUUAAGAAUAGUAGGGGGCCAAGGACAGAGCCUUGGGAAACACCAACAGAAAGGGGUUGCAGAGAAGAGGAAGAGCCAGAAAAAGAAAGACUAAAAGAGCACUGGGAUAGAUAGGAGGAGAACCUUGAAAGAGCAGAGUCGUGUAGACUGAGAUUAUGGGGAAUGAGAAGAAGCUGUUGAUGAAAUAGGUGUAUAUACAAUGAAUAAGGUGAAAAAAAAAAAAGAAAACUAGAGCUAUAUACAAUUAAUAAGAAAAUAAAGACUAACAAUAUAUAAUUUGUGAAACAGGACCCAAAUUUCCAAAUAAAUCUCUGUUGUCUAAGACAUUAUGGUUCUGAAUCACUCUGGUGUUAAUUCUCACUUGUGAUGCACAAUAAACUAUAUCUCUCAAAGUGAAGCAGUGCAAUGUAUCUAAAGCACUGAUACAAGGAGCUUCUACUGUUAACCUCUAAAGAGCAACAUUGUAUCUGAGGAGGUUGAAACAAAAAAGAGAGGGAACCUCAACUAAGUAGCGCUCUGUAGAAUUGUGGUGCACCACAAGUACACACCAAAUCAAGUAAAAAGUAAUCUCAUUCUGUUGAGAAACUACUGCAAGAUUAGAGAAAACUGUUCAGUGAAGAAACUGCUCUGUGGAAAUCCUAUGCUGUGCCUUCGAGGGCACCUGUGCUUAUGGAGCAAGCCAAGAGCUAACUGUCACUAAGGAGUGCAGCAGAAUUAAAUUGAUCUAGAAAUACCUGGAUUGAAAUUAAAUACUAUCUUUAAUACAUCUUAAUAAAUGUCAGUAAGUACAAAGACAAGUACAGUCACAGGUAAUGAGUGACCCCCGACUCGUGUUUCGCCGGUACGGCGGCUCUUCAGGGGGAAAGAUUCUCCAGAGUGCUACUUAGCUGAGGUUCCCUCUCUUUUUUUUUUUUUUUCAACCUCCUAAGAUACAGUGUGAGAAUUAACACCAGAGUAAUUCAGAACCAUGAUGUCUUAAUGACAUUAGACAACAUUUAUUUGCCAAUGUGGGUCCUGUCUCACAAAUCAUAUAUUAAUAUUAGUCUUUCUUUUCUUAUUAAUUUUAUAUAGCUCUAUUUUGUUUAUAUUUGUUGUUAUAUAUAUAUAUAUAUAUAUAUAUAUAUAUAUAUAUUUUGUAUUUACUAUCUAUCUAUUCAUUACCUAAUGGUGUUUGCCAUUUAUCUGAUACACCAAUUAUAGACAUUUUAAACUACUUUUAUCUUUUGCUCUCUUGGUCAGGGCACUCCUCCAUUUUGAAUUUUAUAACCAAACAGGUAGUAAUAGUAGUAAAAUAGUAGGAUUUUAAAAGCAAUCAUUAAGCGAAGACUAAUGGCUUUUGGGAAAUAAUAACAAACCUUUGCACUAAAGAUAAUUUCAUGAACUCUGUGGCUGAGCCUUACUUAUGUAGUUUACAAAAUAUCAUUUUAGAAAAAAAAGUGUUUAAAAGUAAAUUACAUUUCAUUUCUACACUGUACUGACAGAAUUUCUAGCAAAUGUACAGAUUGCAAGAAAAUUCUAUUUAAAAACAGGUCCCUCUUCCACCUUCAGUUAAUUAAUUCAUUAUAUUUGGCACAUAUCUCUAUGCCAGCAAGUGAAUGACAGGGGUGAGCAGGAGAACCUACCCACAGGGUGUUCUCAUGUUCUCUGGUGCAGUAACUACAUUGCAUGCACACUAUUUGCUGAAAACGCAGCAUUUCUUACACUGGCUAGGGGAGCAGGCCUUUAAACGGGAAAGUCCAAAUUGAGUGGUCUUGUCCCGCCGUCCCACUUUAGUUCACUGGUGGUCCACAUUUUAAGGAAACCAGGAAAAUGUCCCUGCCUAUCACAGCACUAACUCAUUAUUAGAUGCUUUAUUGCUGAGCAUCAGGCACUAGGACCAUGCAGGGAACAGUUCACUGGUGAUGGCCUUUGCCCACCCCUCAUGAUUCUUCCUUCCAGUUGUUGGGGGUAUGGGGUAGCACACGAUUCCAUUCAAGCAGUGAUGGGCUUGCAAUAAAACCAGCAUGUCUGUGUCAUGAAUGAGGAUUGUCCUUCAUGGGGAAAUGUCCCGUAGCAGGGCCUAUCAAAUCAGAGUGCAGACAGGAAAAGAGGCAGCUGUUACAAAUGUGUAACUAUGAGGCUUGCUAGGGCUGCACUAUUGCACUGGAAUUAUUUCUUUCUACGAUAAAUCAUAUUUUCAUUGCCUAUGAGUGGAUUAGUUAACAUGAAUCUACCUGUCAUUAUGGGUUUACUUUAAUGCCAAGGUUAACUAUCAAACUAAGGCUGAAUAUUUUUAAAUAAGCUUUUCAAAUCAUCAUAAUCUUUUACAUUUUUCAAUUAAUAUUACCAUAUACUGUAAUGAUGACUGGAGAUAAAACAUUUGAAAAGUUUUUCUAACAGAUUGGGAUAAUUUAAACAGCUUAUUAAAAAAUAUUAAAUCGAGGUCUAAGGAAAAAUGCAAUGUAUGAUUUACAAGGUCGAACUUGCAAUUCAUCUCAGGGCAUCAAAAGUUAAAAAAACAAACAAAAACAAAACAAUAUCACAUACUAUGAAAAUAUGAAAAUAACCAACCAAAAGUAACGUUUGAGGACCUUCUAAAUCAUCCUAAGUGUAUGACAGGGUAUAUAGAAUGAGGCAGAAAAAUAUUUUGAAGAAGAAGACCCAAGCCCAGGAGGGUCAGCCUGUCAACAGUUACAUAGAUUCUUGCUGACUACAGGACCCCCACAAUAUAAGGUAUUGUGGUACAUAUUUGGGGAGGCGUGGCUGUCAUUUGAGCAUCACUUUCUCAACAGUGGAGUUAUGUAACAACUCUCUUCACACACACCGAACUGCAACUACCUGUUGGAACUCCACUGAUAUAAGGGGGCUGCGUUUUACCACUAGAAAGCUAAAAGGAGGAUGAAGGAUAAGAUAGAGCUAUGACUGGUUUUAGAAAUUUGAGUCUCCACUAUUGAAGAUUCAGGGACUCUAAUAAGACAGACCCCUCAAAAUCAACAUGAUAUAAGUCAUGAUUUAAUCAAUGGACUACAUCAAAACACUGAACUUAAAAGGUACAAUGCAAGCACCACAAUAACUGCUGCUCGUUGUUGUGAUUAUGAUAGCUGCAGUGUUCCUCUUAAGUGGAUCUAACAACCAUCAUUCUGCUUCAGAAGUUAUAGUCCAAUAUCGAUUGCCAAGAAGAACAUUAGAACGCCCAGUAGGCUCUGAAAGCUUUUGAGGAAAUACUUCAUGUUAAAUGCCUUUGGUUCUUUGUGUACGCUGUACUCCAGCAACCUUCAUAGUGCUACACCACUGACUGUGUAUGGGGGACGAUUGGGAAGUUGCAACCCAUUGGAGUCUAUGGUUUCCUCCUACUUCCACUGUAGAUUUGCUGCUCUACCUGAUUUAAAGGGAAACUGUCUCUUCUCGUGAUUUUUAAUAUUCAGUCUGCUUAUGCCUAUAUUUAACAAAAUAUGUAUUUACGAGAUGUGAAAAAUAAGAUCCACACUUUAUCUUGCAGCUGGGUGCCUCCAUCUUAGAUGUCUGUCAAUCAUUGUUAGAAACAUGUCGAUUGUCAGUUGCUGUUGUCACUUAUUGUAGGUAGAGAGAGCUCUUUUAUUUAUUUUUUUAUUGAUCCUCGUAAAAAAAAAAAAUAGAAAUAAAAAAUGUUUGCCCUUGGCUUUGCCUGUACUGAACUAUAUUGUGAUGUAAUUUGAUAAAUCUUUAAUAAAGAUAAAAACAGAGUACAUGAAAAAAAGGUUAAAGGACCACUCUAGGCACCCAGACCACUUCAGCUUAAUGAAGUGGUCUGGGUGCCAGGUCCAGCUAGGGUUAACCCAUUUUUUCAUAAAUAUAGCAGUUUCAGAGAAACUGCUAUGUUUAUGAAUGGGUUAAGCCUUCCCCUAUUUCCUCUAGUGGCUGUCUCAUUGACAGCCACUAGAGGCGCUUGCGUGCUUCUCACUGUGAUUUUCACAGUGAGAGCACGCCAGCAUCCAUAGGAAAGCAUUAUUAUGAAUGCUUUCCUAUGUGACCGGCUGAAUGCGCGCGCAGCUCUUGCCGCGCGUGCGCAUUCAGCAGACGGGGAGGAGAAGAAGAGGAUCGGAGGAGGAGAGCUCUCCGCCCAGCGCUGGAAAAAGGUAAGUUUAACCCCUUUUCCCCUUUCCAGAGCCGGGCGGGAGGGGGACCCUGAGGGUGGGGGCACCCUCAGGGCACUAUAGUGCCAGGAAAACGAGUAUGUUUUCCUGGCACUAUAGUGGUCCUUUAACACAAGUUAUAGGUGAUCUUCAAUGUUUUAUUCAAUGGAAUAAUUUCUAGAGAAGUUACAGCUCCCCUCAAGGUACGUUGUGUAAUGUUCUAAUAUCUAAUAAACUGUAAUAAACUGAGCUGAUUCAUUUCAAAAGAAGGUUAUUAUAAUGCUCUGGGAACAAGGCACCCAAAAGUUAUUUUAAGGUAUAUGUUUUUGCCCCAGAUUACCAGUUUGUGAGGGCACCACAAUUCACACACACACACAAAAGGCAUGCAUACACCUGUUUGAUCGUCAGGAGAAGAUAAGAACAACGAACAAUUUCACAACAGUGAAAUCAAUAUUUGCUGUUACUAGAACAAAUAAUGUUUCCUAAAUCCUAAAAAGUAUCAAAAAGACUCACCUGGCUAACAUUGGCAAAUUAUAAUAAGUUAACAGAAAGUUCUCAUUCCCUCGAGUGGCGUUUGCAAGCGGAUACAGAUUUUCAUUUGUGCAUUCUUUAAAUAACUAUCUCCCCUCCUGGAUUUUGAAGUCCCGAGACUGGGAAUUCCAUUACUCUACUACAGCAUGUGAGAAAGAUUAAAUGCAUGAAAAAUUUGUAGGAAAGCUGAAACAAGCCCUAAUUGUGAGAAGUUACAAACAAAGAUGUUCAAAAAUAAGGAAAGGAAAGAAAUGUAGCAAUUGUGGCGGAUUGUAGAUUUUAAUAGGGAUUUAUUUGCUAAAGUCUGAAUUGUAGAAAAUUAAAGACAGACUGUUAAAACGUACACUAAAAUAGUAAUAAUACACCGAUUGCUUUAAUAGCAACUAUUAUUUUAACGUUGGAUGUUUUUGUCUUUAUAACUUCAGAGCAUUAUAAGCAUUCCAAAAAUAGACUGUAAGUCUAUUAUCUAAGAAAAUAUCACCAGCAUCAAUAGAAAAUUAAAUACAAUCUAUCGUUUAACCAAAAUUUUUGCAAAAUGUGCUGUCAGAAGCAAUUAGCCUACAGCCGGAGCAAUAUCUUUUCAAAGGAAAACAUGGAAGCCACAUCACUAUUACUCUUUCAGUGGAUGGCGUUGUGGUUUUUUAAGAGUACAAAAAAAUGCAAUUUUCUGGUGUAAUCUCACAGCACGUGAGCUAUACGUGAUGUACCACACUUGACAUAUAUUAACUGGUCAUGUUUGUAGGCAUGAAAUAAUCCCAUCAGUGCCAGAGAGUAGAGAGUAGCAAUGCACUGCUUCCUUCUGUGGUGCCUUAAGGGAAAUGCUAAAUUCAUAAAAUAAAACAAAAAACACAUAUGGGGUCUGUAAGACCUCAGCAUUUAAUCCAAGAGAGUUUGGGAUGCCGCGUCAAUUUUCUACGAUCUGCAUUAGGAAAGUAUAUAAGAGCGUGGGAUUACUUACUAGAAUCUCAGGGACCCAAUAGCUCUACAGUAGAUCCCCAGAUGUUUUAAAACUACAGCUUACUCGAUGCUUUGUCAUCCUAAAGACAUGCUAAGCAUCAUGGGGGCUGUAGUUUUACACCAUCUCUGGACCUUUUGGGCAGUCCUGCUCUACACUAAUGGAUUUGGUUUUUCUCAGUGUCACUGUAACCCAGAGCUCUAGAGCAGGAAUGAGAAAGAUGGCCAUGAUGUUCUUAAAUAUUUAUUAGUCAUGGUGAAAUAUAAAAAUGGAAAAUUGAUACCCAGCCAAUCAUUAAUGUGUUUUGUAAUUUUUAUGAUUAACCCCUUAAGGACCGAGGACGGUUCAGGACCGUCAUCGGCAUUUUUGCCUUGCCGACCGAUGACGGUCCUGAACCGUCCAAACGGUCUGGGGGUACUUACCUGAUCGCCGUCGUUCCCCCGGCGGCGAUCAGUGUUCCUCCGGUUGUGGGGAGACUGCCUGCAGCCCAGACAGUCUCCCCACGGCAGAUUAGGACCCCUGUGGCCAUGUGAUCGCUUAACACAGCGAUCACAUGGUCACAAUAGGUGUCCAUAGUGCUGCCUGCAGGGGGACUGCCUGUGCUGACAGGCAGUCUCCCUGCAGUGUAAAAUCAAAAAAUAAAAAUAAAAGUUAAUGGUAAUAAAAAAAUAAUAAUAAUUAUAUAUGUAUAAAUAUGAUAUAUAGACAUAUAUUAUAUCUAUAUAAUAUAUGUCUAUAUAUCAUAUAUAUAUAAUGUCAUACUAAGUGUAUUUUUAUAUUAAUAUGUACUUAUAUUAAUAUAAAAAUACACUUAUAAUUAAAUUACACACGUAUAUAUAUAAUAUAUAUAAUAACUAUAUAUAUUGUAUAUAUAUAUUAUUAUAAAAUAUAAAUAAUAAGUAAUUUAAAUUAAAUAAAAAAUUUUUAAAAUAAUAAAAAAUUUAAAAAAUUAUAUAGCUAUAUGAAAUUUUAUUCUAACUGUAUUUUAAAAUUAAUAUAUAUAUAUUUAUAUCAAAAUACACUUAGAAUGAAUUUGUAUAUAUAUCUAUGUAUAUAAAAAUAAAUAAAAAUAAUAAGAAAUAUACAUAUGUCCAUAUACAAAAUUACAUAAAUAAUUAUAUAAAUAUACACGUAGACUUCAAAUAUAUAAAUAUGCAUAUAUAUUUAAAUUCUACGUGCGUAUUUAUGUAAUAUUUUUACAUAAUUCAGUAAUUUUAUUGAUUGCAAUUUGAGGGACCUGCCUGCCAACCCAGGCCGAAAUUCCAGAGAAUUUAAUUUGUUAGCACUGUAUUUUACCCUGUAACGUUCUACGACACCCUAAAACCUGUACAUGGGGGGUACUGUUUUACUCGGGAGACUUCGCUGAACACAAAUAUUAGUGAUUCAAAACAGUAAAACAUAUCACAGCGAUGAUAUUGUCAGUGAAAGUUACUUUUUUUGCAUUUUUCACACACAAACAGCACUUUUACUGAUGAUAUAAUUGUUGUGAUACGUUUUCCAGUUUUUAAACACUAAUAUUUGUGUUCAAAUGUCUCCGAAAACAGUACCCCCCAUGUACAGGUUUUAUAGCAUUUUUGAAAGUUACAAGGUCAAAUAUAUGGGUCAAAUAUUUUUACAUUGAAAAUGGCCAGGUUGGUUACGUUGCCUUUGAGAGCGUAUGGUAGCCCAGGAAUGAGAAUUACCCCCAUGAUGGCAUACCAUUUGCAAAAGAAGACAACCCAAGGUAUUGCAAAUGGGGUAUGUCCAGUCUUUUUUAGUAACCACUUGGUCACAAACACUGGCCAAAAUUAGCGUUCAAUUUAGUUUUUUUACUUUUUUCACACACAAACAAAUAUGAAUGCUUACUUUGGCCAGUGUUUUCGACUAAGUGGCUACUAAAAAAGACUGGACAUACCCCAUAUUGAAUACCCUGGGUUGUCUACUUUAAAAAAAAUAUGUACAUGUGGGGUGUUAUUCAGAGAUUUAUGACAGAUAAUAGUGUUACAAUGUCACUAUUGAUAAAUUUUAAAAUGUAUGUUUUGAAACCGCAAUAUCCUACUUGUACCUAUAGCCCUAUAACAUGCAAAAAAAAGCAAAAAAGCACGUAAACACUAGGUAUUUUUAAACUCAGGACAAAAUUUUGAAUCUAUUUAGCAGUUUUUUUCAUUCGCUUUUGUAGAUGAGUAAAAGAUUUUUCAAGUAAAAGUCAAAAAACAUGUAUUUUUUUCAAUUUUUCAUCAGAUUUUUGUAUUUUUUUUAAAUUAAAAUACAUGAGAUUAUAUAAAUAAUGGUAUGUAAAGAAAGCCCAUUUUGUCCUGAAAAAAACAAUAUAUAAUUUGUAUGGGAACAGUAAAUGAGAAAGCGGAAAAUUACAGCCAAACACAAACACCACAAAAGUGUAAAAAUAUUCCUGGUCGCAAAUGUACAACAUCGCAAAAACAGUCCAGUCCUUAAGGGGUUAACCAGGAAACACUUUUAGACUGGGGUUGCUGUGCAUUUUAGAUAUAUAUAUUUAUAUUAUUUAUUUAUUUUUGUUACUGGCACUUUAUGUUUAAUGACUCUUACAUUAGUUUGCACCCUCCAUUUACAUAUUAUUCAGUUGUGGUUGUGGGAUUGGCAGACUCCUGGAGAGAGAGAAUAAUCAUGGACAGAAUAGCUUGAUUUGGUGUCCGAGGCGGCCAUUUUGGUCCUGGAUGCCUGUCAGAUUUCUUUGCUUUUAAAUGACUCUGGAAAAAAACAAAAACACUGGAAGUGGUGAGUCUCGGUCUCAGAAGGCAGGCAGCUAGCAAAUAAGAGUUUGGUUUUUUUUUAAAUAUCUUUUGACUCAUUUUAUGCAGGGUUCAUCACACAUAACAAAAUCAACCCAACUUAUUGCUAGGUGGCAUUUAUACCAGGGAUUCAUCUCAAGGGUAUAUUUGAUAGUUCUUACCACAUAUAUGUUUACUUACACCUCUCCCAAAAUCACAUCCUAUACUAUAACCUAAGGCACCCAUCCCUAAGCCUUAACAUAUACUGUCAAAAAAAAUCAAAGACAUUAUGACACCAAAUGUUUGAAUGAAUUCAGAUUAUAUGAACCUAUAUUUAUAAACUGCACACCUACUGUAUUUACACUGUAACCAUAUGAUUAACCCUGCACUGCCAACAUUAGCCCCAAACUUGCAGCAUUAACCAUAUCCCCACUAUAUUAAAACCCUGAAUUAACAGCAUUACUCUAACACCGGGGUACUUUAAAGGGACACUCUCUCAAAUUGUCUAAUUGGAGGGAUUAUUUCUCUCUUAAUAUUACAGGAGAUUUGGGGGCUGUCAGAUUAGUCUUUUCAUAAUCCUAGUUAAGGUUCCAGUCCUGGUCAGCCCCAAUUAUGAUGGAAGGUAGCUACAGAAACAUUAUUACUGAAUGUACAAAGUCAAUCAGGACAUUAAAUUAAUCAGUUUAUUAAUUACUAGUGAUCAACCCGACAUUGUUAUCUAGUCACAUUAUAUAAUGGUUUCAUGCACAGUAUGAAGAAUGAAAAAGUUAUAGUCAAAAAUAUGGUAAAUGCUCAAAUAGUGAGAGAGGAAGAUCCGUUAUCAAGUUAUCCCUAGUAUUUUACUACUAUAUUACGCGCAUGCACCCAGAGUACAAUUAUGGGGAUUUAGUCACUAAAAUGUAAACUGUAAAGAUUCAAAGGGAUAAUGGGAUAGGAUAGGCCAGACUGCCUAUAAUUCACUUAUAUACAUAAUUCAUAAUUCAUUCAAUGCAUAAUUUAUUUUCAGCACUUUCAGAGUGUAAUGGUGUUAUGGAGACAGGCUUAGGCACCAAUUGUAGUGGUGCUGUGGAGACAGGCUCAGGCACCAAGUGUAGUGGUGUUAUGCAGACAGGCUCUGCACCAAGUGUAGUGGUGUUAUGCAGACAGGCUCUGCACCAAGUGUAGUGGUGUUAUGGAAACAGGCUCAGGCACCAAGUGUAGUGGUGUUGUGGAGAUAGACUCAGGCACUGAGGGUAGUGGUGUUGUCGAGACAGGCUCAGGCACUGAGUGUAUUGGUGUUGGGGAGACAAGCUCAGGCACCGAGUGUAGUGGUGUUGUUGAGACAGACUCAGGCACUGAGGGUAGUGGUGUUGUGGAGACAGGCUCAGGCACUGAGGGUAGUGGUUUUAUGGAGACACUCUCAGGCACUGAGUGUAGUGGUGUUAUGGAGACAGGCUUGGAGAAUUUGGUGAGUCCUAAUAGAAAGCAGUUGUUGUUGGGGGAUUCUAUCAUAAGCAGGGCUGGAUUAACAUAGGGGCUGAUGGAGUUGCAGCUCCAGGUCCAUGUCCAUGGAACAGGCCCAGUGUUAAAAAAGAUAUAUAUAUAUAUAUAUAUAUAUAUGUAUUUUACUGCUCUUCUCACACUCUUGCUUAAGUAUGGAAACUUAAGAGGGAUGUAGGGGAACAAACCUGGUGCUGACUGGCUGACAAUUAAAUUAGUUAAAGUAAAGCUGAAUUUGUGCACUAUGCAAAUGCUCUUGCUGCUUCAGUCUCUCUGACACUGUGGCAUGUUCCCUUUCUUUUACACUCACUACCUACACCAUUUUUUCUGUCCUAGAUUGUAUAACAGAAGCUUCUGCCUGCUAGUAAGAAGGUAAGGAGAGGAGGGGACAAGUGAGUGUUAGGGGACUGUCCUUAGAAAGCGUGGAGCAAGCAAAUCAUUAGAUGCAUUUAUUCCAAGCUUAGGGCACUGUCUCUAUAACACGCCCAUAGUUGGCCAGCAUGCAUGAAUGGCAGGCAGCCUGAAAUGCAUUCAUGUCAGGCUGGCCUUCCAAUUUUUCAGGCAGAUAUGCCACCCCUUUUUUAGGCAUGUUAGCCUCUUUGGGCCGUGCCAGUUAUGUGACUCGCGUCAGUGGCCCAUCCUUUUAUCCCACCCACCGACGUCCUGCUUCACUGGACACUGCUGUUAGGGGAGAAGGAUUCACUUGAGAGAUGAAAGCGAGAUAUUAGCAUAGGGUAUGUGUUUUCUGAUAGCUUUAUCCUGUGAGUUUCCCUCCAGCAUCCCCUCCACCAGAUACAUGAAACUCUUUUAGUGUUUUCUGUCGAUAAGUUCCUGUAAUUAGGCCCAUCAUAAUUGUCAUAAAUAACAUAAAUCUAUGUUAGGGAAAAUUUCCUGAGCAUAGAUUAGAGGUAGAGGUAAAUUUCCCAGACCAUAAACAUGCGCCAGAGCAGAAAAUCCCUUAAAUUUAUGUUCGGGGAAAUUGAAUCUUCCUGAUGUUAACUGGAAAACCAAAAUAGCUGCUUGUGCCAGGAGCACACAUAUUCUAAACUCCCUACUGGGAUUGUCUCUAAAACAAGUCAUUGAGGAGCCAACUUGUAAAGAAGCCAUACUAGAUUUAGUGUUAACAAAUGGAGGUUUGCUAUCGGGUAUCACUGUGAAAGUUUAGGAUCCAGUGAUCAUCAGUCAGUGUGGUUUAAUGUAAGAACAGUGACAGAGUCACACAACACAAAAACAAAAGUUUUAGACUUUAUAAAAACAGACUUUUCUAAAAUUAGAAUAUGUGUAAAGGAGACAUUAUCAGACUGGAGCAUUUUAAAUGGAGUCCAAGAGAAAUGGGAUUAUUUAAAAGUGUCACUGCUGAAGGCAACAGAAAAUUACAGUAGUCUUGUCAGUAAAAGUAAAAAAAUUAAGAAACCACCGUGGUACUCCGCAGAUGGGGCCAAAAUAGUAAAAAACUAAAAGUUAGCAUUUAGUAAUUAUAAAAAAAAAAAACAGCAUGAGGAAGAUAGACAGAUCUAUAAGAUUAGGCAGAAAGAGGCACACAGAAGAGAAAAUAGCACAGUCAGUAAAAAAAUGUGGACACAACAUUUUUUAGAUACAUAAAUGAAAAAAGAAAAGUAAAACAAGGAUUACAUAGUUACAUAGCUGAAAAGAGACUUGCGUCCAUCAAGUUCAGCCUUCCUCACAUUUGUUUUUUGCUGUUGAUCAAAAAGAAGGCAAAAGAAGGCAAAAAAACCCAGUUUGAAGCACAAUUUUGCAACAAGCUAGGAAAAAAUGUCCUUCUUGACCCCAGAAUGGCAGUCAGAUUUAUCCUUGGAUCAAGCAGUUAUUACCCUACAUUGAAAGAGUAUAUCCUUGAAUAUUCUGUUUUUGCAAGUAUGCAUCUAGUAACUGUUUGAACAUCUGUAUGGACUCUGAUAAAACCACUUCUUCAGGCAGAGAAUUCCACAUCCUUAUUGUUCUUACAGUAAAAAAACAUUUCCUUUGCCUUUAGUUUAGUUAGAUUAAAAACAAAAGAAGUAAGGUAUGUAGAAGAGGAUAAAGGUCUAGCUGACUGCCUUAAUGAAUAUUUUUGUUCAGUAUUUACAGAUGAAAAUUAAGAAAAGGGUCCUCAGUUGGGAAAAAGGACAAAUUAGUCUUUUGUUACAUGUGAGUUUACAACUGUCAAAAGUAAAGACAAAUAAUGGGACCUGAUGGAAUACACCCAAAGUUAUUAAAAUAGUUUAAUGGUGUACUAGCAAAACCAUUAACAGAUUUAUUUAACCAAUCAUUGUUAACAGGAGUAGUCCCAGAAGAUUGGAAGUUAGCGAAUGUUGUGCCCAUUCACAAGAAAGGUAGUAGGGAGGAGUCGGGCAACUACAGGCCAAUAAACCUUACUUCAGUAGUGGGGAAAGUAAUGGAAACCAUGUUAAAGGAUAGGAUUGAUGAACAUCUAAAAUCACAUGGAUUUCAAGAUCAGAGACAACAUGGGUUUACUUCAGGGAGAUCCUGCCAAAAUAAUCUUAUUCAUUUUUUUUGAUUGGGUAACUAAUAUAAUAGAUCAGGGUGGUGCAGUAGACAUUGCUUACCUAGAUUUCAGUAAUGCUUUUGACACUGUUGCACAUAGAAGGAUUAUCAAUAAACUGCAAUCUUUAAGAUUGGAUUCCAAUAUUGUUAAAUGGGUAAGGCAGUGGCUAAGUGACAGGCAACAGAGGGUUGUAGUUAAUGGAAUAUAUUCAAAGCUUGGACUUUUCACCAGUGGGGUAACUCAGGGAUCUGUACUUGGACCCAUUCUCUUUAAUAUUUUUAUUAGUGAUAUUGCAGAAGGUCUUGAUGGUAAGGUGUGUCUUUUUGCUGAUGAUACUAAGAUAUGUAACAGGGUUCAUUUUCCAGGAGGGAUAAACCAAAUUAGGUAAACUAGAAAAAUGGUCAGAGUUGCGGCAGCUGACAUUUAAUGUGGAUAAGUGCAAGAUAAUGCAUCUUAUACGUUAAAACCCAAGGGCAGAGUAGAGAAUAUUUGAAAGAGUCCUAACCUCAACAUGUGAGGAAAGAGAUUUAGGGGUAAUUAUUCCUGAUGACUUAAAGGUAGGCAGGCAAUGUAAUAGAGCAGUAGGAAAUGCUAGCAGAAUGCUUGGUUGUAUAGGGAGAGGCAGGGCCGGCCUUAGGGGUGUGCGAGCUGUGCGACCGCACAGGGCGCCAUGGAACAGGGGGCGCCCUGUGGCCGACACAGCUCACUCAUGGCCGGAGUGGAGGGGAGCUAAAAGAGGUACCUGGCUGGAGGAUUAAUUAUUCUCCACCCGGGUCUAUUUAAAAAAAAAAAAAAAAAUCGCGGCAGAGGGGGCGGGGUUUACCGAGCGGCGGAGGCGGGGCUUAUCGAGAGGCGGAGACGGGGCUAAUACCUCCCGAAGCCCCUGCUGUACAGGAAGAGGGAAAGAUGCUUCCCAUCAGCCAACUGCAUCCACUGGAAAGAGGUAAGUGUGUGUGUGUGACUGUUUGCCUGUUUGUGUGACUGUCUGUCUGUGUGUGUGUGUGACUGUCUGUGUAACUGCCUGUCCUUGUGUGUGUGUGUGUGUGUGACUGUCUGUCUCUGUGUGUGUGUGUGACUGUCUCUGUGUGUGACUGUCUCUGUGUGUGACUGCCUGCCUGUGUGUGACUGUCUGUGUGUGUGACUGUCUGUCUGUGUGACUGCCCAUGUAUGUGACUGCCUGUGUGUGUGACUGUCUGUCUGUGUGACUGUCUGUCUGUGUGACUGUCUGUCUGUGUGACUGCCCGUGUGUGUGACUGCCUGUGUGUGUGAGACUGUCUGUGUGUGUGACUGUCUGUCUGUGUGUGUGACUGCCUGUGUGUGUGACUGCCUGUAUGUGACUGCCUGCCUGCCUGUGUGUGUCUGUCUGUAACUAUCUGUCUGUGUGUGACUGCCCGCCUGUGUGUGUGACUUUCUAUCUGUGUGACUGCCUGCCUGUGUGUGUAUAACUGUCUAUGUGUGUGUUACUGUGUGUCUGUCUGUGUGUGUGACUGCCUAUGUGACUGUCUGUCUGUGUGUGUCGCUGUAGCUGUGCCAUUGUUUGUGCCUGUGCCUGUGCCUGUAUGUGUGACUGCCUUUAACUGAGUGUGUGUGUACAUGCCUGUAACCGAGUUUAAAUUUCCCCCACCCCUUCCUGUCAAGGCCGCACUUUGACUGACAGAUGCUCACUCACUGACAGACGCACACUCACUGACAGACACACACUCUCAUAUACACUGACAAACAACGACAUACACACAUACACUAUUACUUGGACACACACUGACAGAUGCACACUCUCACUGACAGGCGCAAGCACUCACUGAAAGAUGCACGACUCCACUGACCGACACAUACACACUGACUGACACACACUCACUGACCGACACACACUCACUGACCGACACAUACACACUCACUGACCUACACACACUCACUGACGACACAUACACACUCACUGACGACACAUACACACUCACUGACGACACAUACACACUCACUGACUGACACAUACACACUCACUGACUGACACAUACACACUCACUGACUGGCACAUACACACUCACUGACUGGCACAUACACACUCACUGACUGGCACAUACACACUCACUGACUGACACAUAUACACUCACUGACCAACACACACAUUCACUCACAGACACACACACAUUCACUUACAGACACACACAAUUACACACUUACAGACACACACACACACACACACACACACACACACAUUCACUUCAAAAUAAACACUCACAGACACACACACAGACAUUUCCACCAACACUCACAAACUAAUAUUUUUUACAUUUAUUUUAAAUCCACCCAGCCUCCCUGGGAAAGCUGGAGUGGAUUUCUUACCAGCAGUCCAGUGUGGCUGCUGGGCAGGCAGGCAGGGGGCGCACAGGCUGAGUAAGCAGCGCUUAGUGAUGCCGGGAGCCGGACUGACGUCAUAUUCUGGCUCCCGGCUUCAUUAAGCGGCGCAGAGGAAGCUGAGCAGGAAGAGCUCAGGUGAGUAUGCUCCUUCGCUGCCCGCUGCCAGCCUUGGGGGGGCUCAAAAGUGGCCAGCCGGUCAGCUCUUGAGCCCCCCAGGAUGCGAGGCAAGCAAGGGAUCUGCCUGGGGGUUUGGAGGGAUGCUUUUUUUUGCCGCCCCCUGCAAAGUGGCGCCCAAGGCAGAUGCCUUGUUUGCCUCGUGAUACACACGUCCCCGGUGCCUGUGUGUGUUACUGUAUUCAGGCAACUUGGUGGGAGGUGGGGGGGGCGCCGUGAAGACUUUUUGCACAGGGCGCCUAAUUGCCUAAGGCCGGCCCUGGGGAGAGGUAUUAGCAGUAGUAAGAGGGAAGUGCUCAUGCCAUUGCACAGAACACUGGUGAGACCUUACUUGGAGUAUUGCACGGAGUACUGGAGACUGUAUCUCCAGAAGGAUAUUGAUACUUUAGAGAGAGUUCAGAGAAGGGCUACUAAACUGGUUCAUGGAUUGCAGGAUAAAAUUUACAAGGAAAGGUUAAAGGAACUUUAGGAAUAGCUUGGAGGAAAGACGAGACGGGUGGUUUAUGAUAGAAACAUUUAAAUACAUAAAGAAAAUCAACACAGUAGAGGAGGAGACUAUAUUUAAAAGAAUAAAAACUACCACAACAAGAGGACAUAGUCUUAAAUUAGAGGGGCAAAAGUUUAAAAAUAAUAUCAGGAAGUAUUACUUUACUGAGAAGGGAGUGGAUGCAUGGAAUAGCCUUCCAGCUGAAGUGGUAGAGGUUAACACAGUAAAAGAGUUUAAGCAUGCGUGGGAUAGGCAUAAGGCUAUCCUAGCUAGCUAUCAGAUAAGGCCAGGGACUAAUAAAAUAUUCAGAAAAUUGGGCAGAGUAGAUGGGCCGAAUGGUUCUUAUCUGCCAUCACAUUCUAUGUCAGUAUGUAUGAAUGUCAGUAUGUAUGUCACUAUGCAUGUCAGUAUGUAUGUAUGUUUGUCAGUAUGUCAGUAUGUAUGUAUAUAUGUAUAUAUGUAUGUAUGUCAGUAUGUAUGUAUGUGUCUGUAUGUAUGUCAGUAUGUAUGUAUAUGUGUGUGUGUAUGUUCUUAUUCAUGUGUGUGUCUGUAUGUAUGUUAGUAUGUAUCUUUGUGUCACUAUGUAUGUCUGUGUGUCUGUAUAUGUGUGUAUGUCUCUUUCAGUAUAUGUGUCUGUUAGUAUGUAUAUGUAUGUGUCACUAUGUGUGUACCUUUGUGUGCGUGUAUCUGUGUCCUUUUGUAUCAGUGUGUGUGUCUUUGUUUAUGUCUGUGUGUGCAUUCCUGUGGGCCUUGGGCUGGGCUUGGUGGCGGCCCCCCAGGAGCCCAGAUCUUGAGCUGUGUUAGGGUCACCAAAAUUUCUGAUGGCGGCCCUGCCCACAUAUAAUACAUCCCCAAAUAGCCCUGAUCUGUGCCCGAGUUCUUCAAAUAGCACUCAGAUCCAUGCAGUUUAGGGGACAUGUCACUGUGUUAAAGUUCUGACCGGCCGCACACAUGUUUCUAUGCCCAAAAGAGUUCCAGGGCAUUUGAUGCUUUUGCCGGUCAACUUUCAAGAGCCCCUUGCGUCUGAAAUACAGGGUGCUCCGUCUGGCUCUCAGGUGGCAUUUGUUCCCCUUAGUCACAUCCACCUUUCCUCCAAAAAGCACUCUCCUGGCGGGUUGCAAAGUGGUGUUAAACCGCAGACCAACUUGUCCGGGAACCGCACGGUCACCUCACGCCAAAAACUGUUCCAUAACAUUCGCAGCUAUUUACCGCUGAGGUGAUCGGGGACCCAUGAAGUACUCAUGCUGAAAUUAAUUUCAUAGCGGUCGCAGAUUAGUACCACUGAGGAUCAUUCAUGGGUUUGGUUAAUACCAGGGAGCUAGCGUUUGGAAAGUGCCAAACCAGGGACACCAAGGCAAUGCUGCUUGUGGAGGCCGGGCAGGUUAACUCCCGAACAAGGUCUUUAGAUACUGUCCAUAGUCCUUGGGCAAGAGGCUAGCUAGCAGGAUACUCCAGGAGCUCGUGGCAUAGGCACGUUUGCCACAUAUAUAUAUCUUUAUGAAUCUGGAUAAUCUAUAUAUAUAAUAUAAUACGAAAGUUCACAUGACUGUGGGACAAGUGAUACCCAGUGUUAGGUCCUCAAACUCCGUACCACAGUCAUGCGAAAUUUCGUAUUAUGGAACAAUAAAAAAGAUAUAUUGAAGAUAAAGUAACGGCGAGUGCAGUCAUAUCUAUUCAAAGCUUUAUCUGUUUGUUUUCAUAGACUGACGCCCUAGAAAUUAAACGAUCUCUAAAACAAGUGUGCCAUUAUUUAUAGCGUUCUAUGUUAUAUAAUUGUAUCAAAAUUAUUAUGAAAAUAAUGGAAUUCUUAACUUUUUGCAUUUCAAAUAUAAUACUCAUGGAAUUGUAUUAUUUAAAUUUCAGACAUUAACUAAUAGCAACCCCCAUCUUUAUUUCUCUGACCAGAGAUAUGGAGACGUUCGAGGUUACGGUUUGAUUUUCCCUCUAUUUGUUCAUUACACAUUCAAAAGGUUUAUGACUCAGCAGAUUCAACACAUCUGUAUUUGCUCAUUGUCUUAGGCUCUAUUAAAGUGGUUUUAGUUUUUUGAAGUCAUAAAUUGGAUUAUACCAUUGUCUGAAAAGGCAUUUGUAAUGACGUUGUUGUCUUAACUUUACUCAGUGUCAGGGAAAAAACUGCUUUGUUAUUUCAAAAGGAACAACAUGGUUGUGACUCCAUCCUCUUAAUGUGAUGUGAAUGUAUGCAUGUGAUAAUUGUAUGUGAUUUUAUAGGGUCAGGACCAUCUGCCCACCAUAACUAUAGUAAAAUCUUACCUUUAUUCCAGUCUGCUGGUGCUGGCUCUGCCCCUGAUCUGCCUUAUUGGCGGAUAUAAUCAGAAGUGAUAAUCUCGUCCAAUCACAAUGCAAAGGAAAGCAUUGGAUUGACUAAGAUUGUCAUUCUGGUGAUCUCAGCCAAGGAGGUGGGCCAGAGUUAGGACUUAACGCCUGGCCAAUCAGUAUUUCUUAUAGAGAUGCAUUGAAUCAACGCAUGUCUAUGAGAAAUGUUCAGCAUCUCUAUCGGCUGGAGACACUGAAUGUCACACUGUGCAGCACUGCUCUAGAAAGCACGUCUAGUAGCCAUAUGAGGAGUAGUCACUGGAGGUAUCCCUAGGCUGUAAUGUAAACACUGCAUUUUCUCUGAAAAGACAGUUUUUACUGAAAAAACACCUGCAAAGACUGAAUAUACUCACCAGAAUAACUAUAUUAAGCUGUAGUCGUUCUGGUGACUCUAGUGUCCAUUUAAGUUCCACUGAGCUAAACAACCAGGAAGUGACAGGACCGGUAAUGUAACUGACAGCCAACAGUGUAACAAGUUAUAAUAGUGCCAAAUUCUACUGAAAGAGAGGAUUCACUCUUCACACUUAAAGCACUUCAACAAGCAGAAGUGUUUUAGCAGUCUGGAGGGCCCUUAUAAUAUUUCUCCUCUGAGAUUCUGUAUGUGUUAAUUAUUUCUCAUGUUUUAAUGUUUUAUUGCAGCUAUGCAGAGUCUAAAUUUUUCCUUCCUAGCAAUCUUACUUGUCCACCUUCUGGAUUUGGGUGGGCAAGGGAGCAGACUGCACAGGCAGGCAGGCCCGCCCAUGAAAGGGGCAGGACCAGUCAUAAAAUUAGCAUCUUGCUCCUUUUUGCAUUUUGAAAUUUUUCUGUCAGAUUUCAAAAUACGGGUCAGGUCCCAUUUUUUGCAGGGACAGUAACCCAAACUGUGGGACAGUCCUGGCAAAAUCAGGACUGUUGUAAUAUAUGGUUUAGUGUGUUGUUACAUAUAUAGUAUAUAUAAUUAGUCUAACCAUAACCACACCUUCAAUAAUCAAUUACACAUUCUAUAAAUCAGGGUCGACAUUGGGUUAUUGUUGCAACUCUCACAACUAUGAGAUAUUGAGAUAGACAAGUCAGGUACAGAUGCAGAAAGUAUGGCAAAAAAUUAGAAAAGAAUUUAGAGAUAGCAAUUUUAUUAUCAGAGAGCUUGUAGAACUUAAAUCAAGAGAGAGAAUGUUCCAAAACACUAGAUAAAUAUUAAGAGAAGAGAUGACCUUGAGCAUGAUUAAUAGCUGGGUCCAGGGAGAAUUGGUGAUGGCUCUAAUUCCAGCUCGUAGUCGGUGUUGGUGCUCGCUUGGAUCUAUUCAGAGUGCACUCAUGGACAGUCCUGACAUGCAGGCACUACUCUUACCUAAAUUGGGCAUUGGGUGAAGGCUACAUAAUACUGAGACUUUAAGUGUCUCUGCCUGUUGUGGCAUUUCUUGCUUACUCUAAUUACUCUUAAGGCUCUCCUGUGUACUUACUCUGCUUGCUGUACCUGAAACUAGUGCUUUAAGUUCUGUUUUAACUAAUCUUGUUAUAUUCUACUAGCACUGUCGUUCUUUCUACCUUCUUUAAUAUUAAAGGAUCCAGGGCUGGUCCAAGACAUUGUGUUGCCAGGGUCCAAGGGUGAAAUGCUGACUCCCCCCCCUCACCAAAAUCUAAACCAUGUCCACAUUCAUUAGUUGAUUCAGUGUGUGUAUUGUAUGCAGUGUGUGUAGUGAAAGCAUUAUGUGUGUGUACAGUGGAUGAAGUGUCUGUGUGUAUUGUACGCAGUGUGUGUAGUGAACGCAUUGUGUGUGUGUGUAUAUAUAGUGGAUGCAGUGUGUGUGAAGUGCAUGUAGUGUCUGUGUGUGUAGUGCAUGUGGUGUGUGUCUUGUAUGCAGUGUGUGUAGUGGAUGCAGUUUGUGUAGUGCAUGCAGUGUGUGUAGUGUAUGUAGUGUGUAUAUUGCAUGCAGUGUAGUGGAUGCAGUGUGUGUGUAUAGUGGGUGCAGUGUGUGUAUUGUGAGCAGUUUGUGUGUAGGGCAUGCACUGUGUAUAAUAUGCAGUAUGUGUAGUGCAUAUAAUAUGUGUGUGUAACAUAUGUAGUGUGUAGUGCAUGUAGUAUGUGUCUUGUAUGCAGUGUGUAUAGUGGAUGCAGUGUGUGUGUGUAGUGCAUACAGUGUGUGUAUUAUAUGCAGUGUGUGUGUAGGGCGUGCAGUGUGUAUUGUAUGCAGUAUGUGUAGUGAAUGCAUUGUGUGUGUGUAUGUGUGUUUAUAGUGGAUGCAGUGUGUGUAGUGCAUACAAUGUGUGUGUGUAGUAUAUGUAGUGUGUAGUGCAUGUAGUGUGUGUCUUGUAUGCAGUGUGUAUAGUGGAUGAAGUGUGUUUGUAGUGCAUGUAGUAUAUGUGAAGUGCAUAGUGUGUGUAGUGCAUGCAGUGUGUAUGGUUCACGUAGUGUGUAUUGUAUGCACUGUGUGUAGUGAAUGCAUUGUGUGUUUGUGUGUGUGUGCAUUGUGGAUGCAGUGUGUUUGUAGUGCAUGCAGUGUGUUUGUGUGUGGUGCAUGUAGUGUAGGACAUAUCUGUAACAUGAUUGGAGCUUAGCACAAGCACUGAUAUUAUCAUAUACCUUUUGCAAGUUAAUGUAUUUUAUUGUCACCAUUGUACUGAAAAGUUUCUCUAAUAUGUGUCUCAAUAAAAAUAUUGAUUUGACACAAAAAAAAUGUGAAGACAAGAACAUUAGAAAAAACUCUAAAAAGAAAAAAACAAACUUUUAGAUUUUAAUCACACUAUAUUACAUUGAAUCAUAUUUCCUAAAAGAACAGUACAGAAAAUGUUGCUUUUCAUGUAAAUAAAAUGCGUUUCCCCUUGAAAUGUCUUUGUGAUAGGCCAAGAACGGUUUGGAAACAUGACAAGAGUUUACUAUCGAGAAGCUGUUGGAGCAUUUAUUGUCUUUGAUGUCACAAGGCCAGCAACAUUUGAAGCUGUGACAAAAUGGAAAGAAGAUUUAGACUCAAAAUUGACUCUAUCUAAUGGCACACCUGUAUCAGCUGUGCUUUUAGCCAACAAAUGUGAUCAGGGAAAAGAUGGGCUCAAAAACAACGGCAUCAAACUGGACCAGUUUUGCAAAGAGCACGGUUUUGUUGGCUGGUAUGAAACAUCGGCAAAGGUAAGAUUUAGAAGUGUGCCUUUAAUAUAUAUGUAUUUAUUUUUUCUGGUUUAAUUUGUUUCACUUGUAAAAACCUAACAUGUCAAGUCUUUACAGAAAAAAUAUCAAAUCUCUACAAACAAACCAUACAGGAUAUUCUAAAUAAAAAGUAAUAUAUCAGAAGAACUCACAGUGUGACCUAAGACUCCUUGGAAUUAUUAAAGGAUCACUAUAGUGUCAGGAAAACAAACCCAUUUUCCUGACACUAUACAAUCCUAAGGGUCCCCCCACCCUCAGGGUCCCCCUCCCCCUGGGCUGAAGGGGUUAAGACCCCUUCAGCCACUUACCUUAAUACAGCUCCGGGAUCGCUCAGCGCUGGUGACCUCUCUGCCCCCGCCGACGUUAGCUCCCGAGUGGAGCCGAAUGCGCAUGCGCGGCAAGAGUCGCGCGCGCAUUAAAACAUUGCAUAGGAAAGCAUUUCUCAAUGCUUUCCUAUGGACGUUCUACAUGCUGGAUGCGAUUUUCGCAUUCCAGCGUCACAGAAGCACCUCUAGCGGCUGUCAGGAAGACAGCCACUAAAGGCUUGAUUAACCCUGCAAUGUAAACAUAGCUGUUUCUUUGAGACGGCUAUGUUUACAUCUGAAGGGUUUAAAUCUGGGGGAACUAGCACCCAGAUCACUUCAUUGAGCUGAAGUGGUCUGGGUCACUAUAAUAUCCCUUUAAAUUAGGAACCCAGUGGUGUCACUGUUGCUUUUAUGUGUAGUUUUGAUAACAUUAUAGCAUAUUUCAUAUGCAAUAUAUUACAGAAGGGUUCAUGCUUUAGGAAACCCAGUGGGGAUCCACUAAAUUAGGAUCCACUAAAGUGCCACACUAAAUUAUAACCAUUCAAUGCAACAUCUUCCCAUACUGAUUUCUAUCCCCAAUGCUGCCCUACCUAUUGUGUUUUUCUACCCCACAUCCUCUAGAUCAGGGGUAAGCAACCUAUGGCACUCCAGAUGUUGUGGACUACAUCUGCCAUAAUACUCUUACAGCCAUAAUGCAGGCAAAUCAUCAUGGGAGAUGUAGUCCAGAACACCUGGCGUGCUGAAGGUUGCCUACCUCUGCUCUAGAUUGUAAGUUCUUUCGAGCCAUGUCCUCAUCAAACUAUUGUUCCAGUAACAUUUUGUAAUUGUCUCAUUUAUUGUUAAAUUCACAUUUCAUAAUAUUACAAAGCGCUGCGGAACAUCUUGAUACUAUAAAUGUAAAUAAUAAUAAUGACGGCCUAUGAUAUUAGUGGUAUGAAGCUUAUCGUUCCUCACCUCUCUCAUUAGAGUAUAAUCCAAUGGGCAGAACUCCCAAGACCUAGUAGCUUUGUUGCCUGGUGCAUCCUUUACAGUAUCUAGUGCGGUGGAAUUUGUAGGAACUUAUAUAAAUUUAUAAAGGAUUAUAAUGAGUAGAAAUUUAUAUUAAAGUGCUAUGGUUACACAGUCUGGUAGCAGCUUGAAUUAUUGCUCUCUCUCUUUCCAUCUUAUGUUUCCCAUAUCAGCUUCUCAAAAAUGCCAGAGUCUAUACAAAUCUAAUGUGCAAUAAAUAAAUAUAACAUUUUUUAUUGCUCUAUGAUUGUUUCCAAUGCUUGAGUUUAAAAUGAUAAUGUUUACUUUUCAUUUUUUAAACCCAGCUCUUUCUCCAGUUCCUUGGUAAUGCAUGUUCUCGACAGAAUACUAAUCAGCUUCGAGGAAUUCUGUCAUUUUCAGUUAAUCAGUAAUAGUUGCCAGUGGCAGCAAAAUAAGGAUGUAGUCCACAGGGUGUCGACAUUACCAGAAUGACUAUUUUAACCACCUGCUUGCAUUUUCUAGUAGCAAUUGACAUGAAAUAAAUCAUUGGAAGUAAAAUAGUUCAAUGUCAACGUGUGUCAUAAUGUGAUCCCUGCAACAACCAAAAUUAUUAAACCAGAGUUAUAAUGUAGUAAAAAUGUAAGAGAGGAAAUUUUCUUUAUAAAUAUCCAUUUAUAUGUGAAGUGAUAAAACAUUUCUACUACAACCUCUCACCUGAAAGUAUUUAUCUCUCAGAUCAUCCCAAAUUAAAUUGCAUUUUUAGAAUUAGAAUUUUUGUAAAAAAUUUUUUAAAUAAAUAUAUAUAUAUAUGUGUGUGUGUAUAUGUAUAUAUAUAUAAAUAUAUAUAUAUAUAUAUAUAUAUAUAUUAUUCCAUUCUAAGUGUAUUUUGAUAUUAUUAUAUUCAUAUAUAUAUGAAUUUAAUAUUAAUAAUAUAAAUAUAUAUAAUACUAUCAUUAAUAAUAGUUAUUAGUUAUUAAUAUAUCAGCCCACGAGAAAUACUACAUAAUUUAAAUUGUAGCCCUAUAUUUGACCAUUUAACUUUCCAAAAAACCCUAAAAUCUGCACAUGGGGGCAUGAUCAUACUCAUGGGUCAUCAGAGCACACACAUAUAUAGAGUAAAAGCUAACAACAAUUUGAAAUGUACAGUUAAAUGCCAACAGAACUUGGAAAAUAAAAAAAAAAUCUUAAUUUCUCAAACUUUGAUUUUAUUUACAUUAAAUUAUGUUGCAUAUAUAAAUAUUUGAUGGGACAUAAAAUAUCACCAAAUAUUCUCUCCUUCAUUAGCUUGACACCUAAAAUAAGCCAUUUUCAUUAAUAUAAUGCUAAGCAUUUGUAAUGAUAGCCAUGGUUAUAGCGAUGCUAAAAUGUGCUGCAACUUUUUUUAUGUUUACAUUAGAAUAAACUGCCCCGUCCAAUUCAAGAUAAAGAAACUGCAAUUUAAAAAAAAAACAUUGUCUAAGGAAUAACCAUGGACUGCAUAAAAAGCUGUGUUUUUAAAACAGUGUUCCGUUGCUAUGAGAUCUUAAAAUAAAUUAGAUGUGAUCUAAAAAAAGGACUACCAACAGAAUUCUGCGGAAACUUUAGGAACUCAAUUUUUGAGAGUUGUUUGGGUACAGCCAACCUAAAAGAAACACAACAGAUGUGUAGUGCAAUUCUGCCCAUGUAAUCUAAAAUAUGGAUUUUAAGUCAUUCACAAGUGAUACGAGAUGAUGUUCAUCAGUGUUGAUGGAAGAGAGGGUGCUGAUGCACAAACAAAACAAAAAAUAUUUUGGGCCCCUAUAGAUGUAGAUCCUUAACUGCCAUACUACUCCUAAAAUAGUUUGCCAACUAAGGAUCUACCAUUUGCCCAUCCCUCCCUGGUUGUAUUUUUGAGCGCAUUGCCUGUGCAACUAUAGACGUCCUUCUGUGGAGUUGAUGGAGAUUUUGCAUAAAUUUCAAUCAGUUGGGAUUUUUUAAAAUUAUUUUUGAUCUUUCCACAAACUUUAGCUACACUUAGCGCUCUACAACCUCAUCUGUAAAUAACUGUGCUAAACUUUCACUAUUAGCAAAAGCCAACAGUGGCUACAAAUUUUCACCUGGUUUGCAACCUUGUGUCACGGUUCUCACCGCAACAUCCAAACUGCCAGACAAGGUCACCCCAGAAGUGCCCAUCUUGUCUGAUCUUGCCUUGUAUCCAACACUAGGGGCUGGACGUUAUCUGUGGUUGCUCCAAUAUUCUCAGCACACCUGAAGCUGAUGGCCCAAUUAGCCAGGUAUAAGACACUGCCUCUCCCUGAGGGCAGUGUCAGUUCAUUGACUCUGGUUCCGUAUUGCUGUUUGUGUUCCAGUGUGCUCCUGUUGAUUCCUGACCUUGGCUUGUUACUCCGUAUAUCCUGACUUCUUGCAUCCUCUGACCUUGGCUCUCUAUUGGUUUAUCCUGAUUUCUGGCACCCACUGACCUUUGGAUUACCAACGAUGAUUCUCCUGUUUAUGUCCGUAUCUGCACUUCGACUUGGAGCAUCAUCCUGCACAGCCCCCGUGCACCGACUCACAGGCCAGGUGAAUUUUUACCUGACCACCUUGGCCUGUGUUUUCUUGCAAGGGUGAGCACAUAUAUCUGUGCUACAGACUCCCAUUUAGGUAAGCCCUAACAGGAUGAACUGACCAUUAUGGAGUCCGCAGAGAUAUGUAAGCUGCUCACCUCCCUUGCUCAGCAAGUGUCCAGCCUGACCCAGACUGUUUCAGAGCUGCAGCAAGAAGUUCCAUUUCUUAAAGACACAGUACACCCAGCUCCAGAACCUGCUUAUCUAGAGCCGUUUGUUGUGAUGCCUGGAAGAUUUGAUGGUUCCCGUUCCUCAUUUACAUCAUUUAGGAUGGAUUGUGAGCUCAUACUUGCCCUUAAGCUCAGCACCUAUUACAGAGACUUUGUCAAGAUCCGGUCUGCUAUUAAUUUACUUUCUGGACGGAUUAAGGAGUGGGCAUACCAGAAGCUGCAGGAGAAAAGCACUGUCUUGGAAAGCUGGGAGUCGUUCAUGAUGGCAAUGGACUCUCAGUGCAUUGCCUCCAGGAAAGCAACUCCAAAGCCUGCUCCAGGACUCCGCAGAUCUUGGGUACCCAGAGAAAAAGAUGACUCCAUCCUGUUCCAGUAUGAACCCACCUUCAGGGACCUGCCUUGUCACUCUGAUUGUACUCAAGCAAGCCGUGAAACUCCAGUGGACAGGGAGGAACCCAUGGAGAUUGGAUUUACUCGAACUAGGUUGUCGCCUAAGGAGAGAGACGGUAGGAGAGGGUGUGGCCUAUGUUUCUACUGUGGAGAAAGAGGGCACUUUAUCUCCCUCUGCCCUACUCACCUACCUCUGCCUAAAACUGUUCAAGUAGGUACUGUCUGUAUCCGUCCUGUCAUCCCGGCAACAGCCUGGAAUCUGCCAAGGCUGCUGUCUAGCCUGUCCUUGUUCCGUGACACAAAAGGGAACCCAGACCACAGUAAUCAACACAGCCAGUACUCCUGAGAAAGUCCCUGCUCCAGAAACGUCUAUACCUUUACCCGAAGAAACACCUGUUCAAGCAAGCAACAUCACCACUUCCUGCCUUGUCAAAGAAGUUCUUUCACCUGACUGCACAUAUGCUUCUAAUGGCACUGUUGUAUGUAAACAGGAUCUUGAGGUGUUCGAGAAAGCAUUGCAAGCUGUGAAUGCCUCCCCUGUGAGAACUACUAAAGCAAAAGCUACUGUGGGUGCUUUGUUUCCCCCAAAAAUGAAAGAAGGCCAUACAUAUGGCAUUGUGCCUAUGGGAGAAUGUACCUCUUAUCAGAGAAUGUUUUUGACCUUUCAGAGGAAAAGGAGGAAUCCAACCUCUACAAAGAACCUAUUCACACCCGGAGGGUGUUCUUGAAGGGGGGGUACUGUCACGGUUCUCACUGCGACAUUCAGACUGCCAGAGAAGUGCCCAGUAAAGGAUUUGAACCUGAGUACUCUGCAGUCCUGGGCCUGUUGUUUCUCCUCUGAGCCACCUUACAGCUCAAGUAUAGCCUAUAGUCCAAGCUUGCCUUGUACCCAGCACUAGGGGCUGGACGUUAUCUGUGGCUGCUCCAAUAUUCUCAGCACACCUGAAGCUGAUGGCCCAAUUAGCCAGGUAUAAGACACUGCCUCUCCCUGAGGUCAGUGUCAGUUCAUUGACUCUGGUUCUGUAUUGCUGUUUGUGUUCCAGUGUGCUCCUGUUGAUUCCUGACCCUGGCUUGUUACUCCGUAUAUCCUGACUUCUGGCAUCCUCUGACCUCAGUUCUCUACUGGUUUAUCCUGAUUUCUGGCACCCACUGACCUUUGGCUUACCAACGACGAUUCUCCGGUUUAUGUCCAUAUCUGCACUGCGACUUGGAGCAUCAUCCUGCACAGCCCCCGUGCACCGACUCACAAGCCAGGUGAAUUCUUACCUGACCACCUUGGCCUGUUUACUUGCAAGGGUGAGCACAUAUAUCUGCGCUACAGACUCCCAUUUAGGUAAGCCCUGACACCUUGUUUCAAAAUUUUCGUGGCUAAUAAGAUCUUCUACUACAAACGCUAACCUCUUACAUAUUUGUGACUUGUUGGUAAAGCACAUAAACACAUGCCUGUGAGGACUGUAGCAAUACAGAAGCAAUGGCUGUUGGUAAAACUUAGCACUAGGGUUGAAACAAAACGUUUUGUUUCAGUACUGUGUAUAGGGAAUUUACAUGUUGUAUGUUAUACGUUGUUAACCUUUUUACACAAGGCCGAAAGUUGGAGUUAAGUGUUUUGAGUUAGUGACAGCCAUUAAUAACUAACAGGGUUUGUAAUGAGUUAGAAAACAGUGACUAUUUAGCGGUUUCAUCUCCCGUAGAAAAUAAUAGGAGCCAUAACUUUCUACUCUACGACUGGUUUUCUGUAGCAGCUUGCCACUAUUAAAAUUUUGAUGCUAAAUAAUUACUUUCAGUGGCGACAUUUUUAGCGGGUACCUCGUAAUGGCUGACCAGUAAAAAGUAGAAACAAUGCUGUAAACAAGCCCAAAUCUGUAAUGGAGUAAAAAUGUAAGUGUGUUCCAGCAAAUAGAAUUAUCAAACGGUUUCAAAACUGAGGGCCUGCAAACAAAAUCAAGGGGGAAAAAAAACUUAUGGUACCUAAUGUAUCAUCUGUAAAGCAAAUAUAACAAAAAUCCUAUCAUCAAAAGGUGUCGGACAAAUAUUUUUGUUCAUUUCGUCAGUUAGCUAUAUUUUUGUUUAAUUUUAAAUCCAUACUUUAUUAGCUUCUUAUAGAUUGUUUGGGAAAAGAAGAAUUGUCAUCGUUAUGCAGCACUUUAUAAAAAUGUGUCAGGAGAUUUAUUUCCUCUGGGGGUCUUUGAGGAAUAUUUAGAAUUUAAAGAAAAAUACCCACUGAUGUUCAUGCCAUUAAAACUGGAUAAAUCUUUAUAUUCUAAUUAUGCUGGGGUCAAAUUCUGAUGUGGUAUUCCUCAGUGUACCUAUGUAGUAUUUUCAAGCUGUAAAUGAAAAAGAAAAUGUAGAUCGUAGUCCAGAGUCUUAUAAAAUAUGCCCCAUAAAAUUUAUCUAAGCAAGCAUUCUGCCAAUUCCAAUAUAUGUUCUAUGCUACCAUCUGAUUCGCAAUGUUCCAGACCUCAUCUACACACAGUUACUGCCCCCAAGAGGACAAUAAGAACUUCAGUCUGAAAUCCAUUGUAGCAAAACAUUCAUGUUGGAAUAAAUUUCCAUUUUUACUGCUUCCUGAUACUUUAAUCUGCCUCAUCACAUGCAACUUUCUCUCCAAAACCUGAGAUUUUACUCAGCAACCAUCUGCUAAAAUCAUUCCAGGAUGUGUCUCAAGAGAACAGAACUUAGUAAUGAUACUACCACUUAACUCCGUAAUAUACCUUCAAACUACGUCUUAAUUUCUACUGGCCAAUAGUGAAAUUGUAUUUAAGUCUACAACAGUCUUUCUAUUCAUACUUGAGGCUAUAAUUUAAAAAAUGACGCUCUUUAGAAAAUUAUGCAUAAUCAAUUUGCUCAUAUUUUCGCCUCAUCAGGGACAUAUGAACAUGUUCAAAUAAACUUUGCACAUGAAAAGAGUGUACCUCGUUAGCAAUUUUUUUUAUUCUAAAACUUGGAACUCUUUUAUUCUUAAAAAUGUGACUUUAUCUGGUAUAUAAUGCCUGACAAUGGGUGUUGAAAAGCUGUAAUUCAAUAAAAAUCCAAAAGCAGGCACACCUUUUAUACUUUUUUCCUUAUAAUUUGCCAAAGAAUACUAAUAAUUGAAUAGCUUUUUUUUUUUUCCAAUUAUUAAAGACAUAAAUAAAUGACAGAGCACAGAUACUAACCGUGUCUUGAUUACACCACUUACUCCCAAAAAUCAGUUAUUCAGAACCAUAGGUGUUGCUAGCAGGGCUUGGAGGGCUUAAACCCCAGAUCUGCGGCUCAGUAGCCACAUAUCGCUACAGUUGGUGGAAGGGGCAGGAGGGUAUUAGUAUUUUUAUUUAUUAACAUAUAAGGAAGCUGCUUCUCAAAAUAGCAGCUUCUUAUAAAAAGAAAGAUCAGUAGUAUACUAUUCCAGGAGGAGGUGGUGACCCCCCAGGUUAUUGUCAGGCGGGCGUGAUGGUUAAAAUAACUUUGUUGUACACUGUUCUGGUAGUUAUGUCAUAUUGCAAGGUCACAUUGAAUACCUAGCUGUGCAGAAUGAGCAUGUUUCUAACUAUGCUUUCAUUGUUAGAUCCUGAAGACCAUCAGAAGCACGUUGUCCGUGAGUAGAGGAGGGUACAUAACUCAGUGAGGCAGGGAUAGGUCAUGACAUAUCUCCACCUCUCUCUUAGUAUAGAAGUCAUCGAGUUUUAACUUGGGCUGUAGCCUCAGGUGUUUGGAACCUAGAAACACUCCUGGACAGAACCUCUGUUGUCUUUAAGCAGUGCAAGUUUAAUGUCGGUAAUUCAAGUAUUUUAAAAUAAUAAAUUUGCUAAUUUUAUUAUAUAUUUUCCAGGAUGUUUCCAUAACAAAAUAAGUUAUACUGACUUAGAAUACUGUCACAUUGGUAAAUAAUGAAAACCGCUAUCUGCACAGUUCCUUGAAAAAUGUAAUAAAAUAAAAAUUAUUAUAAAACUAUAAAGCAGUUUAACUGAAAUCAGUGGUAUGACUGUUACGAACGCUGGUAGUUAUAGUAUCUUGUUCAUAUAUAAACAACCAAAAACACACAACUCCGGGAUACAUCUGAAAAUAAAUCUAAAAGGAACAUAGAAAUAUACAAAUAGUGAAGUACAGUUUAUACACUCAAUCAUGCGCUGUACAUAGAUGCACUCACAGAAUUAUGUAGAAUAGAUCGCUCGUAGGGUGCCUCCCCCGAUGAAAAUGGGGGGCUAGUAAUCCCUUGUUUCCUUAUGGAGUUUCUUAGUAAUACUCAGGACUUCAAACGGGAAAUGGUAGGAAAAAACAAUGCUUUUUAUUGAUAAAAGGUGAAUAAUCACCAUUAGUAUAAAAUAUGAUAUAAGAAAAAAAUGGUAUGUGUUUUUUUUUUUUUAUAUCAUAUUUUAUACUAAUGGUGAGUAUUCACCUUUUUAACAAUAAAAAGCAUUGUUUUUUUUUGUUUUUUUUCCUACCAUUUCCCGUUUGAAGUCCUGAGUAUUACUAAAACUCCAUAAGGAAACCAGGGAUUACUAGCCCCCUAUUUUCAUCGGGGGAGGCACCCUACGAGCGAUCUAUUCUACAUAAUUCUGUGAGUGCAUCUAUGUACAGCGCAUGAUUGAGUGUAUAAACUGUACUUCACUAUUUGUAUAUUUCUAUGUUCCUUUUAGAUUUAUUUUCAGCCGUAUCCCAGAGUUUUGUGUUUUUGGUUGUUUUAUAUAUGAAAAGGUCGUCUUCCUUGGGUAACGAUCUUGGGAAGCUGCAUUAUAACUUUUAAGUUAAGUAUCUAUAUAUGUUACACUAUGGUCAUUAACCAUAGUAGUGUUGAUAUUGUAUUAUACUAUAGUAUCUUGUUCACAUAUUCCUCCCGAAUUGCUGAGACUUAGUGAUUAUAGUUGCAGUUCGGGUGUAGAUACGAAUAGUUCUAGACGAAUGCAGCUUCCAAGUAGUUUCUCCCCAGCCAGUAGAUAGUUACCCAAACAUGAGCCUAGACUUCAUGAAGAGUACAACAGGAAUAAUGGUUUAUUGAUGCUACACUGGCUUUUAUGCAAGUCCCCAUGCAAGGGGAUCUCCCACAUGGACCUUGUGGGGCACCAGGACACAAAGGUUACAACCAAUUACAUUGACAAAGUGAAACACUCCCAUUGCAAACGUACAAUCCCCUCCUCUCGGCCUGUGAGAUAAUUAAGUCAACUAAAGGAUAACCCAAUUAUCUCCAGGCAGAAAAAACAUAUUUUCCCCAAAACUUGGAAAGUACCCUAAAACACAUGGUAUUCCCAUAAAUGACAUAUCCCCUGAUAGCCCUGAUCUGGAUGACCAACAUAUUAAAAAAUCACCCAGAUCAGUUCAGGGGUUUUCGAAUUCUAUGGAAGUCUUAUUUUUAUCGACUGCACACGAGGCUCCUGCCCAAAACAGUUCUAUGAGUUUAGGUUGUGCGGUCGGCCUACUUCCAUAAAGUCAAAUAAACGAAUGAAAACACUAACAGAGUAUAAAAGUCACGAAUGGCCCUAAAGUCUCGAAUGAAAAGUCUCUUUUCUUCAGAAUGACUUUUUUUUUUUCUUUUUUUUUUUUUUUCAAAUAUCAUGUUAUACAAUGGAUUCUGUGUGUAUUUAUUAUUGUGUUGAAAAACGACAUGCAGAGGUUCACGGUGUCAGGGAAUUCUACAUCAUAGCCACGUGUAUAUUGUGUUUGUCCCUUUCUGAAAUGUAAUCACAAGUAUGACAGAUGAUAGCACAGAAACAUGGAGGAAGGGCAUACAUAUAGCAUGUAGACCUAAAAGUAGAAAAUGCUAAAGCAUGAGAGGAAGAGAAGACAGACACAACAACAUACUGCAUGACAACAGAGACCCUAAAGCACACAGUAAGUCCUCCAACAAUUACAGAUCAGGAACCAGCGACUAUUACUAACAGUUACUGCAAUUAUUUUAGUUCCUCAUCCCCUUCUUCUUGGUCUGUCUUUCUAAACAGAUCAAAAUCUACGUUUAUUUAAAGGUUUCAAAAAUGUGGCAAAAUAAUCAGAUAACUUUCAGAACACAUUAAAAAACAUAUUCUGGGCCAAUUAAAACACAUUUGAGGGUAAUUUUAAUUUUGAAAAGGUCAGAAUUGGGGAUCAUUUGGGUCAAAUCAUAGGAGGGGUUUCAUAAUUAAGAUUCUUAAUUAAAAUAUGGUUUGGCCCAUAUUUUUUUUUUCAUGUAAAAUUUUAAGGGACAAAAUGUCAUGGGCAACCUAUGGCAGUCCAAUGGUAAGACACACAUGACAUCUGAUAGGUGCUGGAUAUUGGUCUAAGAUGCACACCAUUAACUGUUGUGCCUUGUUAGGAAAGAAGGGAGUGGACGGCUGGGGGGGACCUGAAGAACCAACAGAAGAGCAUACUUCUGCUGGUAAAAUGUGUUGCAUGCCUACCAUAUUCGCUUACAUUUUUCUGACUGGAGUUUAUCAACCGGUGUGCACUUUUGCCCUAUUUUACUGGACACCUGAAUUCCUUAAGAUCUAAUGAGAGUUUGAAUAUUCAAUGCAUGAGUUAACCAAUUGAUUUCUCACUAGUAGUCAGGUCCAGACAAAAUUCAUAAGGGUCGUAUGCAAAUAUGGUGAUCUCACAAUCAGUCAUUCCUUGGGAGACUGGAUAACAACUGGACAACAAAGCACCAGUUCCGUUAUAAAAAAAUGUUCUGGGUCCAUAUUAUGAGUGGACAAUCAAAGAGAUAAUAAAAUGAUACACUAAACUCCUAAAAUACUUCUGGUUGCUAGAGUGCUUUAUGGGCUAAGAGCUGUCUUCCUUCUAUAAUAAAAGUGAUUUGAAGAGAUUUUGGCACUUUACAAUACUCCUUGGUAACACCUCUUAACUGUCCAUCCGAGAGCCAGUACGGUUCCCAUCCGCACUCAAGGCAAGCACUAAAGGGGAAGAAAGAAAAUUUAUUUUUAAAUAGGGUGGAGUGUUCCUUGCAUAUACACUUUUUUUUGUUUUUUCAUCAAGGGGUGUUGUAAAUAGAGUAAAAGUAUCAUAAAAAAAGAAAUCCUUUUUCACAUAUAUGCUUUCGUUUAGGCUCUUAUAACAAAUAAAAUUAUUUAUAUAUAUCUCUCAAGAGAAAAACUAAUGAAAUUCUAGCCAUAACAUAAACAACAAUAAACAAAACCCUAUCCAAUGCAAGUGAAAACCUAACAGUUUGUUUCAUAAUGAAGUUAAUACAAUUCUAUGUGGGAAUUGCACAAAGAGCUAAAUUAAUGUUCAGUAUUCCAAUAGAAGAAUUACACAAACAAAAUCUUAAACAAGAUUGUUUUAUAUACAAUAAGAAUAUAACCUUGUAACUGUACUGUAUUGUAAGAUUUGCUCUUCCCAACACUUACUUUAAGAUGGCAAAUUGCAGGGCAAUAAAUAGAUAAAUAAUUAGUUCAGAAAAAGCAAUAAACUCCAAAUAUUACAAUCGAAACAAUAUGAUUUAAAAGCCAAGCAUCUUUCGCGUUUUGCUGAGAUUUCAUUCAUUACUGCUAGAUCAAAGGCUGGGGUUAUAGUACCUUAGAGUUGGCCCCUUUAAACUGAUUUCUCCCUAUCCUUAAAGCCUACAUCACUCUACCUUUUACAUUAUAAAUGCCCUAUCGAGCAUAACUAUUGGGUACCCCUCGUAACAACCUGCAAAUUGUUUUUGAAUUUACCUUAAUCCAGGACCAGGCACAUCACUUGACGCUGUUCUUCGAUGCCCCUUCAUGACGUCACCCAGCAUAGAUAAACCUAUCAUUGGAUCAAUUAUCUGGCUCAGAUUAUAUGUGUGCGCUCUGGGCCAGCAAGGGACAUGAAGAUGGAGUGGGGAGGAGGGAGGAAGGAUUUCUUCCAGUUUUUAACAGUGAGGCUGGAGAGUGUCCACAGAGUAGGAGAGAGGGAAUUGAGAGCUAUCCACCUUGGCAGGUGCCCAGCCUGCAAAUGGAAGAUUUGUACAUCUGUUGCCAGAGGGCUAUGCCCACUGACAACAUAUUUAAAAUAUGCACAGAAUUGACAUCCACAUACAUACUCAUACCACCAUGACUAGUUAGUUCAAAUCAGUGCCAUAGUCAUGGUCAUUGGAGUAACCCUCUAAAUAUCCCUGAUCCAACAUACCCCCUAAUCCUUGCCCUAAAAACCAGCCACAAGUCCUACUAAGCCUACUGUAUCACUCUUGAACCAGGGGGGUACAGCAGUAUUCUGUGCUUUGCAAUAACACACGUCCUUAUAAAUGGUGUAAUGCAUUUUGUUGGUGGAAAAAUGAUUAUUUCCAAGCUGAUAUUUGAAAGUUUAGCCCCUUUGUGACAUACCACAUGCCAGAAUUAUUACGCUAUGAUGUGAUUUGCUUAACCCCUAUUCAUCAAGAGCUUAAAAUGAAUCAAUUUCUUUAGGGACCAUGCUCUUUUUACAAAUAUUUUCCUCAAAAGGUUAAUGUCAACAUUUUCCAUAAUCAUUUUGAUUUAGUGGAUGUGAGCAAGUCUAAAAAUAUUUUUCAGGCUUUCUUUCUUAAUCCCCGGUUUGCUUCUAUGUCCUGCUGCGAAGUUCCCAUUUCCUGAUUGGCUUCUUCAUUUGAUUAUUCUUUUUCACGGCACUUUGAAAAUGAUAUAUUAUGUAGCCGUGGAAUGUGAAACACGGAUCUUAAAAUAACCUUACGUGGGUUAUUAAUAGCCUGCAAGACAUGGGCAAUUUACUGCAAUUUUAUUAAUCACUAAGAACUCCUUUUCUUAAUACGUUGUUCAUGUAUAUAAUUUUAUAGCAGGUUCUGGGAAUUCUAGCCAAGGCUAUUUGAAAUAUUGGUGUAUAUUUUGUUGUGAAUAUAUGCAGUUUAUUGUGUUUUUAUGUUAUGACUUCGAUGCAAUUUUUUUAAUUCUUUUGUUAGAAAGCAAAGCAAUAUACAGAGGAACUUUUAAAAUAAAAAUGUUUCAUUUUGACAAUGAGUGAUUAGUAGACUUGGAGAUAUGUUUCAUUAUGAACACCAAUUUGUCUGAAUUUGGGCCAAUCGGAUGAUUGUACAGAUUCCCAAUUUCUGAACUGCCAUAGACUAAUCACAAAAAAAACGAGUUGUACAAUGGACGCCCAUGUUCCUCUGUAUUUGGUCCACAGAGCCAAAAAUAGAGAUGUUUGAUGGGGAAAACAGAUGAUUGGUGGCUGAGGGACAGCUACUAAAUGUUGAUUGUUUUCACAGAUCAACUGUGAGAAGUGGGCAAUAGAGGGAAUGAGGUGUAGGUAAAAAAAAAUCUGUAUUUAUAGGCGGGAAAAUGCUCCUAUAAGUGUACUGCAAAAUAUAUACAGAAAAUGUAUAUUAUGUAUAUGUUUUUCAGAACACUGACUGGACCAUUUAGGCUCACUUUUGGUUCUUCUGAUUCAUUUUCAUGAAUCUUUUUUUCAUUAUAAAAUUCAGACUAGCCAAAAGCCAAAUGGCCAUAAUUCGUCUGUCCCAAAAAUGUGUUUAUUUUCCACAGAAAUGAUUUGGCACAUAUUUAAGUUGAUUGACAAGUGGAUUGUGGUGAAAUGAAACCCUUGUUUUGCCAUCUCAUCUCUUUUUGUUCAGUUAAUUUUCUGUCAUAAUUGUUUGUUUAACCACUUAAGGACACAUGACAUAUGUGACAUGUCAUGAUUCCCUUUUAUUCCAGAAGUUUGGUCCUUAAGGGGUUAAACUAUUUUUUUUUAAAGGUAAAUAGCAGUACAAAGGAGCAACUCUUUUCACAGUUAGUGUAUAAAACCUUUCGAGUUUCCAUGAAUAACUAUCACGAUGUCUAAUUUUGUCAACUUUGUACUUAAAGACAAAUUUAUGUUCAAGCCCACACAAAAUAAUGUACUGUGACUUUCAAAAUUGGGCCUUUUAAAAGGACUUUGCUAAGGAAUGGAACAGAUCAAACAUGUUUGUGUCAAACUACUUGAAAACUGCUUUUAACACAGACCACUACACUGGGCUGUAGUAGUUGUGGUGCUUAAAGUGCCCCUUUAAUAUGUAUUUCAGAGAAAAUGGAGCACCACAUGACAAUAAGGUUAACUCAAGUUUUAGGUGACUUAGUUGUGUUUUCCAGAAAAGACUUGCAUUCCUGUAAAUAAAAAUAGUUUAAAGUCUGCACGCAGUGCUAUUUGCGAAAACAUAAUCUCGAAAAAAAAUAUAAAAUUCUAAGUUUCAUUAUACUUGUAAGAGAAAUUAAUCUCUGCUUUGAUAUGUGUUUCAUAUUCUUUUCAUAAAUGUAACUUAUGUUCUGAGCUAAUUUGGAAACUGAGCCAUACAGCUUAGCACUAUUUGAGCAAAUGCUUCUGAGAUUAAAUGUGCUUUUCUCUUUUCCAAGCUAAAUUAUAAUACUCUGCUGUUUUUUGUCUUUUAUCUCUCUUUUUUUUUUUUUUUUUUACAGGAAAAUAUAAAUAUUGAUGAAGCUUCCAGAUGUCUGGUGAACCACAUAAUCGCCAGCGAGAGUGAUUUAAUGCAGCCGGUGGAAUCAGAUGUUGUAAAGCCCCAAAUGAAUGCCUCAAAAAUAGCUAAUUGUUCUGCUUGCUUUAAAUCCUAG